UUUUAUUAUUUCGCUGAUAUCGCACGUGGGGUAAAUGUCGAUCAUCGAAUUUUAAAGUUCAAUUUGUUAAGUGUAGUCAGAGUGUAGUGGAUGUGAUUAAUUCAUGUUUGGAUUCAUGAUCGUGACUAAGUUUUGAGUUGUCAUUCGUCGAGAGAAAAUGAGAAAUCUUACCAUUCUGAAGAACUUGUGUUUCCGUGUAAAUGAGCUGACAGAUUGUGAACACAUCGCAACAGGGAUAAAUGAUGCAAACCUACGCUUCAACUCUUCUCCUCUUGUUUACUUUUAUAAAAGUGGAACAAUUUACUCCUACGAUCCAACAUCGGAAGAAAAAUCUACAAUCCUUGAUCUAAAAACUUACUAUGGAAUCACUGACCCGCCAAAACUUGUCGCCCUAGACUUCCAUCAAAUUUCACAAAGUAUCAUCGUAAUUGUGUCUAGUGGUGAUGUUCUAAGUAUUCCUGUUGUUGAAGUUAGCUCGUUCACUGCAGAAUGUGUUGGAACCGUAGAAUCUGGCAUCAAAGCCAUGUCAUGGAGCCCGGAUGAGGGAAUAGUAGCAUUGAUCACUAAUGAAGAAAAACUUAUUCUUAUGUCUUCCUUGUUUGAUUUGAUCGCUGAAGUUGAUCUACUGAAUUCAGCAACAACAAAUGAAUUUAUUUCUGUUGGUUGGGGGAAGAAAGAGACUCAGUUUCAUGGGUCUGAAGGAAAACAAGCUGCCAAACAAAAAGUGGAUACUUUGUCAGCAGAUCCGGCGGAGGAUGACAAAAUGAUCCGUAUUACUUGGAAAGGAGAUUGUUCAGAGUUUGCAGUUAGCUAUUUUUGCCCGUUCAACAACAUUCGCUGUAUCAAAGUAUUCAACAAUGAAGGGGCUUUGAAAUCUGUCGGUGAACCUGUUGGGGGGUUGGAAGAAUCAUUGGCUUGGCGCCCAUCUGGUAAUUUGAUUGCUUCAACUUGUUUACUUCCCAAUAAACACAUCGUUGCCUUUUUUGAGAAAAAUGGACUCAGACACGGAGAAUUCAAUUUACCCGAAAAUAUCAAGGUGAAAAAUCUAUUUUGGAAUGCCGACUCAAACAUCCUGAGUGCUCUCUGUCAUGACACAGUUUCCAACAAAGAUUGUGUUCUCUUAUGGUCUGUCGGAAACUACCAUUGGUACUUAAAACAGAAACUAAGUUUUGAUUCGAACAUAUCCUGGUUGAAGUGGGAUGCACAAAAUAGCUAUCGAAUGUAUAUUUUACUCACUGAUGGAACUUUCAUCAUGUAUGAUUGGAUGUUUCGUGUUGACCAAUCUGAUAAUUCUUGCACUGAUUCAGAAGCUUUUGUUUGUGUCAUUGAUGGCACCAAUCUUCUAUUAACGCCUUUCAAGAAGUGUAUCAUUCCCCCACCAAUGUGCAAGCAGACGCUCAGUAUUCCCACCUUUAUCAACAGCAUGUCUUUUUUGAAAAACUCCAGCAAUGCAGACAAUGUAAAUGAUUUUUGUAUCUUCGGUUCUGAUAAAGGCUACUUGUGUCGAUACAAUAUCAGCAACUCUCAACACAUGUUGGCAGAAUCUUUUGAAUAUCCAGACAACAAUGAGUUGUGUCUCCAUCAUUGGCUUUGGACCUCUGCAAGUCAGUUUUGCUGUAUCGGGUCCAAUAGUAAGUUGGAGAAUACCCUUUAUGUCAUGGACUUGAAGUUUGAAAAAUUGGAAGUCAGGCACUCAAUAGUUUUGGAAAGUGCUGUGUUCACGCUAACCAAGGUGAUGAAUGAUCUACUUAUACAGUUAGAUGAUUGGAAACUUCUCCUUUUUUGUAUGAGUACUCAGACCUUCAAGCCUUUCUCCUCUGAAACACUUCCUGAGCCAUGCAGCCAUGUAAUAUUUGACACAAACCUGUUUGCUCUGAGUCUAACGCAUCGACUGUAUAUGUAUGACCAGCUGGUAGCGACUGGUGUAACCUCUUUGCAUUACCAGAGACCAUUUCUCAUUGCAACAACUACAAAACAUCGUCUUUUGAUCUGCGAAAGUCAAUCAAAUAAAGUUUGCGAGGAGGUGUCAUUGCGAAAUACUGAAAGAGGAGCUUUGAUAGUGACAACAACAGGACUGUCGGUCAUCCUCCAAAUCCCCAGAGGGAAUUUAGAAACUGUGCAGCCCCGUGCAAUGACCGUACUCAAUGCCGGAAAAUUACUCGACAGCAAAAAUUAUCUAGCAGCUAUGUCCUUACUGCGGAAACAACGAAUUGAUCUGAACCUUAUUGUUGAUCACAAUCCUCAUGUGUUCUUGCAAGACAUUCCUACUUUUCUGCAACAGAUUGAAGAUAUUGCAUGGAUUAGUUUAUUCAUAAGUGAGCUCCAUAAUGAAGACACAACACAGGGAAUUUAUGCAGCGUAUUAUCGGAGGCCCACCAAUUCAGUUUUAUCUUUAAGCAACAAGGUUGACACUGUUUGUAAAGCAAUGUGCAAAGAAAUGACUGCUAGAAGUAUUGAUACCUAUUGUCACCCAAUCUUAGGAACCUAUGUAAAAACAAGCCAAAUGGAAGAGGCACUGAAAAUAGCCCAGACUGACAAAGCAUUGAAACAUUUACUUUUCCUUGUAGACAUUGAUACUUUGUAUGAAACUGCCCUGGCAAUUUAUGAUUUGGAGGUAGCUUUGAAAAUAGCUAGCAAAUCGCAGAAAGAUCCAAAGGAAUAUGUCCCUUUUCUCAAUUUGUUAAAGAGUAUGGAACCAAAUUAUCGAAAGUUUACAAUUGACAAGCAGGCAAGGAAAUAUGCAUCUGCAAUCAAGCACUUAUCUGCAUGUGAGAACAAGUUUGAAGAGCUUGAAACAUUCAUGGUCGAAUUUUCUCUUUAUUCAACCGCAAUUACAUUAUUCCCUGCUGAAGACCCAAGGUACAAAAAAGUUGCUCGAAAAUAUGGGGAGUAUUUGCUCAGCAAAAGACUUUAUGAGGAGGCAGCAUUCAUGUUCGAGGAAAGCGACUCAUUAUCAGAUGCUGUUUCUGCUUUUAGUAAAGCUGGACUGUGGAGAGAGUGUAUCACUUUAACAGGACGCCUCAAUUAUAGUGAGACUGAGCUGAACACAUUGCUCUCUGCUACCAUUAAGACUUUGAGAUCCAUGGGUAACUACUCUGAUGCAGGUUACAUCAGUUUGCACCACCUGCACGAUGCUCAUCAGAGUGUGGAUAUUUAUCUGGAAGGUCUCUUGUUCUCGGAUGCAGUUUAUGUUGCUGAAUCUCAUGCACCAGAAUUAAUCAGUAAAAUUGUUGAACCUAGCAUCUUACAGUACUCAACGGCCAUGCUAGAAGUUAUUCAUCAAUUUAGAGAAAAAUUCAAUAGGUAUAUAAUGCGCUUGAAGCAAGUUCGAGUCAAUAAAGUAAAUGCUGCUAAUCAUGAUCCGGACUUUCUUAGUGAUAUUCAGUCUGAAACAAGUAGUGUGUCAUCCUUUAAUACUUCGAAUGCAUCGAGUAGGUCAUCACGGACAAGUUGUCGCAGUGCACGUAAGCAGCAGCGUAAACUUUGGAGUCUGAAAGAAGGGAACCCUCGAGAGGAAAUUUCAUUAGUCCAAGCGUUAUCUGAGAUAAUUAAGGCAGCCUAUAACAUGACAAAGGAAGUGCACAAGGUCCAAAGAUUUUUAUUGAGAUCAAAGGAAGGUAGCAAAGCAAAACUCCUACAACAUAGCCUUGCUGAACUUUUGAGCCUUAUCAAGGACAAUCAAUCUGUAAUAUGGCCUGCAAAUGACGAGGAUGGCGAAUUGGUCUCGGUCGAAGACGCCAUGUUGAAACAUCCACCAGCUAUUCAACUUGAAAAGCACUGGGAAUGGUCGAUUUUUAAUUGAGUUUUUGCUGUGAAUAUUUUGUCGCAAUUAAGUCGGUACCUUUUUAUUUAUAAUGUACAUACAUUGCAAAAUGUAAAUACUUCUCUUCGAUGUGUUAAUGUUGUAAAUAAAGUAGUCUUUAGGAAGCUUUAGUCUAGAGUGACUUAAUGAUAGAUGAUAUGAAGAAUUAAUGAUACAGAAUUAGAUCUUUGCCACGUAAUGUGGUGACUGAUGGACAGAUUCAAGAAAUCAGCCAGAUUCAAUGUGAAAAGGGCUGAAAAGCAACAGAUUUUCAAGUGUCAUAGGCUGAUUACAAACCCAGUCACUACAUUAUUAGAUUUUGUUUUUUGACUGGUAUUUUUUUCUUUUGCGUCAAGGACUAUUUUGCAGUACCUACCAAGGAAAAAUGCUGUACAAUCAAUGAGAUUCAAUCUGAGAAAAUUACAUUUAUAGUCUUGCAUAUCUCUAUUAAGGAUUUGCAAAUUCUAAGUUUUUGUUUCAAUUAUUACAAUGCUAUUUUUCUGUAAGAAGUAAGUGCUAUUUUUUCUCGAAAAUUGUUAAUUUUUUGUGUUAAAAGAAUGUAUUAAAUCAAGCUUUUCGGCCUGAA